CAUAACUGUUGACUCAAAGAUUUCUUUCUAUGUUCCUUACAGUUAAGGAGAUUGCAAGAGAGGUGGAGGCCAAUGAGAAGAUGAGAAAUCAGAUGGAGAGGAAAACUAGACCUGUAAUGGUUUUCUCAAAGAACCAAUCUGAGAAAGAGAUUGACGAAAUGCAUUUAACUUAUAGAAAGCAGCACAGCAGUGACUUCUCCCGGCUAAUUGCACAGGUCCGAGGCCGAAUGCAGACCAGACACCAAACAUGUGCUAAACAGGAGGGGAAGGUGGAGAAAGAAGAAGCCCAAGCAUCACAGUCUUCUGUUCAUGGUGCAGAAGCAAACCAUGCUGUAGAGGUGAAGGUCGAAAACGUGGAAGACGAUGAAGAUUCGCCUGCAACAGUAUUAGGGCUGCCAUGUAGCCCCAGUGUCAGUGAUGUGUCCAUCAGCAGUUCUAUUUCAGACAUUUUUGGUCCAGAAUCUUCUCUAAACAUUGAAGACGUAGUGAAGUCUCCAGUCCAGAAGCGACCGUCCAGCUCCAGAGGCAGUAAUGCUGAAAAAUCGCCUGGUACAGCCAAGCGAAGGCGUAAAACAUGAAGGAGUGUGUGGUGACUUAGUGUUAGAUAAUGUAAAGUGUUACUUUUAGAUGAUGUCGAGGAGAUGGAAAGUUUUCAUUAAAUUGAAACAAUGGGCACAUGACAAGCAUUUCUUUAACUUUCAGAUGUUGCUGUUUACUCUGAUUUUGUGUAAUAAAUUUUAUAGUAUUUUAUCAUAUUUUGUUUUCAUGUGUUCAGUAUUGAGCUGUUUUUGUAUUUUAUCAUGUUUAUUCAGAAAGACAAUAGCUGUAAAAUCAGUAUUUCAAGUAGAAUUACUUUGUAGUUGCUGUAGGUUUAAUUGUCAGAGUUAAACUUUAACAUUAUUCAUUUAUAUAAAUUUGCUUCAAUCUAAUUAUCUUUCUAACUACAGCUUUUCUUGCUCUGAAAAAGCUUACUGUUGGAGUUUUAUUUCACAGAAGUAUCUUUUUCCCUCCACUUAAUCCAUAGUUUAUUCCACUGUAAUUUGCAGCCUAUACCCAAAUAAAACUGCUGGAACACUAAGGAUUUUUCCAAAAGGCACAUUUCCAUGUUCUUUCUCUCAUCAAAUGUCCAUCUAUUUGCUAAUCUCUGACCUCCAUCUCCAAAGUCUCUCACGUGUUUUUAAAUCUUUGCCACGGAGCCAUGCAGUACACAUUUCCAAUGUCAUUUGCAAUUUAAAAGUUUGCAGCUAAUUUGCGACUUUCAGAUUGAUUGUUUUCAUUGAACAAAAAGAAACCGAGGUCACUUUAAUUCAAGAAAUGCAAAGGUUGUGGAAACCCCAAAUUAGGACAAGGCAGAGUGUAAACUCUUAAACACAGGAGGGAGUGUUUAUGUGUGCGUGCACAGGAGAGUUGGCAGGAACUCGUCUGGGAGCCGACCCUGAUUGAAAACAGAGCUAGCCUGCAGUCAGACACAUGGCGGUCCGACUGCUGCGAUCCUGCUCAGAUAAAGCAGACACACACAUAUCAGUAGAUUUUAAUAGGAACAGAGGAAAAGCCUUUCACCCUGCCCUCCUAUUGCCAGAAAGUCCUUUUCUCUUGCACUUUUUCAUUCGUAUUAUAAGCUGCACUGUAACUUUUUAGUGAAAUCUAAGUGACAUGACUAAAUUGUUUUCCCUAAAAGCUUCAGUUUGCCUAGCAGUGAAGCAUGGAGCGAUGUCAUCAAUCUUGCACAGCCUACUCUUUGGGAGAGAUCCAUAGAAUGCAUCAAAGUUGAAGUCACCUUAUCUGUCUGAAUCUUCAUGGUAUUGACAUAGGGGACAUCUCAUCACUCGUCCACCAUAAGGUUCAUUAAUCUCUGUUUUACAGUAUCUAAACAUGUAUUUCUUUCACUCAGACUUCAGCCUUUUGUGAGACAAUUGGCUCCUUCCAUUUCUUCAAGGAAGGUUUACCAAUCUGUACUGUAUGUCUUGGUGAGAGAUCAAUGUGAUACAGGAGAUCAAUGAUCCUCCCAGCUGAGUGUUCUUUAACUUCCCAGAUCUUUAUUUAAGCUUAGACUAUAAACAGCAAUGAGAAAAGGGGUUUGUCUCCUUUGUGAUUUCCUUUUUUAAUGUUUCAACCUAUAUGGCCCUGUGUCACUGUUCGCCCCUAAACCUUUGACGAAAAUUAGCAGCUAUAUCUGCAAUCAAAUAUGUGGAAUUACUGGAGUAUUUAUAUUGACAUAGUAGAGGAACUGUAUUAAUCAGCCACUUACCUGAGUUUUAGGAUGAUGGGUCUGUUUAAUAUCCUAACAGUUUAGCACGGCAAAAACUAUCUGAAAAUAAAUGUUUAGAAUAACUUUUAUUAACUCUUCAUUUGAUAAGUAAAUGAUAAUCUUCCAUUUGAAUGAGUAUUUUUGCUCUCAAAAAAAGCCAAUUCGAUGUUAUGCACUUGAAAUAAUUGAAUGCAAUUGUUUUUUUCUUAUUUUAAAUGUGCAUUGUCUUAUUCUAUUGGCGAAGUAUCUGACUUACCUGAUUAUUACAAGAAAAAAGUCACUUAUUUUAAGAAAAAUUGACUUCCAUUUAAAUUUUAGAUUAUUCAGAUCCGGGUAAGGACUUUAAGUGGACCAAUUCCAAGUUGUCUUUUGUUCCUUUUCUGUGUAAUGUGAACUUUCUGGUUUGUUUUGAGACAUUGGGCCUUGAGCAACAUUUUUGUAUCCUACUGUGGGCUCUUCUGAAUAUACAUCAGAUUCUGCCAACUUUUUUUCUUCAGUUAAUGAUCAUAAAUGAUCCUUGCAUACCUGAUGCAGUCCACCUUUGUGUAAGUGAUUGCAUGUUCAUAAGAACUGUAAAGAGAGCAAGACUUGUAAAUCUGUGUAAAACCAAUCAGUGGGGAAUAAAUUAGCUGCAAAUGCUGUGGUUGCAUUGUAAUAGAAGUAAAAAUGGAAACAAAAAAAUUUGAUCUUAAAA